AUGCUUGCUUUAGCUGUACCAUGGGGAGAUGAUGAAGUUGAUUAUUUAACAAGGAAACACUUAUCUCAGCACAUUAUUCAUGCAAGUAAAGCUUUUGAAAUAACAUGGGCAGUUGCUGCAAAGUGGGCAAUGGUCUAUCGUGAUAUGGGCAUGUACAAAAAGGAGGAGGUUUGCAAAAGCCAAGUCCUACAAGAAAUGCAGAAAAAAUAUGGGGAUGAACAUCUAAACACACUCAUGGCCAUGAGCAAUCUGGCAGUCACAUAUUCAAACCAAGGCAAUAUGAGUGAGGCAGAGCAGCUUCAAGUGCGAGUGCUGAAGGCAAGGAAACAGGUACUGGGAGUAGAGCAUCCAGACACACUCUCAGCCAUGGCCAAUCUGGCAGCUACAUAUUCAGACCAAGGCAAGAUGAGUGAGGCAGAGCAGCUCGAGGUACAGGUGUCAGAGGCAAGGAAACAGAUACUGGGAGCAGCGCAUCCAGAUACACUCAUAGCCAUGAAUAAUCUGGCAGGGACAUAUUUAGACCAAGGCAAGAUGAGUGAGGCAGAACAGCUUCAAGUACAAGUGUUAGAGGCAAGCAAACAGAUCCUAGGAUCAGAGCAUCCAGAUACACUCAUAGCCAUGAAUAAUCUGGCAGGGACAUAUUUAGACCAAGGCAAGAUGAGUGAGGCAGAACAGCUUCAAAUGGAAGUGUUAGAGACAAGCAAACAGAUACUGGGACCAGAACAUCCUCACACUCUCUCAGCCAUGAAUAAUCUGGCAGUGACAUAUUCAGGUCAAGGCAAGAUGAAUGAGGCAGAACAGCUUCAAAUGGAAGUGUUAGAGACAAGAAAACAGGUACUGGGACCAGAGCAUCCAGAGACACUCUUAGCCAUGGGCAAUUUGGCAGCUACAUAUUCAGACCAAGGCAAGAUGAGUGAGGCAGAGCAGCUUGAGUUACAGGUGCUGGAGGCAAGGAAACAGGUACUGGGACCAGAGCAUCCAGAGACACUCCUAGCCAUGGGCAAUUUGGCAACUACAUAUUCAGACCAAGGCAAGAUGAGUGAGGCAGAACAGCUUCAAGUACAAGUGUUAGAGGCAAGCAAACAGAUCCUAGGACCAGAGCAUCCAGAUACACUCUCAGCCAUGAAUAAUAUGGCAAUGACAUAUUUAGACCAAGGCAAGUUGGGUGAGGCAGAGCAGCUUCAAGUGCAAGUGCUGGAGGCAAGGGAACAGAUACUGGGACCAGAACAUCCUCACACACUCUCAGCCAUGGAAGGUCUGGCAACAAUAUAUUCUAACCUGGGAAAGAUGAGUGAAGCAGAAAAUCUUUAUGUGCAGGUUGUGGAGGUGGGAAAAAAGGUGCUGGGACCAGAACACCCUGAUACACUCUCAUCCAUGGCCAGUCUGGCAAUUAUGUAUAGAAAGCAAGGGAAGGAUGCUCAAGCAGCAGAGCUGGAAGCAGAGUUGGGUCAACUUGAAGGUGAAGAAGAAACCGAAGAUGAGUAG